AUUUAUAUAUCUCUCUCUCUCUCAGCAGAAAUGGCGGUGAGUUGGGGAGAGGCGGCGGCGGCGGCGUUCGGCCGCAGAGACGAUGUGGACAAAACCGCUCUGACCUGUCCGGUGUGUUUGGAGAUCUACGAGAACCCGAUGAGGAUCGAGUGUUCGCACGUAUUUUGCGGAGAAUGCCUGUUGGCCUUACAGAAGCCGAAAAAGCCAAUUUGUGCCGUGUGCCGAUCUCCUCUCAGAGGUGGAGCUCGAGCUGUUGAAAUUGAGAAGAAAUUGGAAAUGACUUCUUCGAAUUGUGGUGGCUGCGGAACUCAGGUUAUUAUGAAAAAGUUGCGGAGCCAUAAUGCAACAUGUACUAAGUACAAAGAUUUCAUUACUCAAAGUGUGAAAGCAUCUAUGAAGGAUCAGCAUCCAAGCCUCAGCAAUGUACCUAAUCGCUUUACCUUCACCUGUCCAUUCUGCAAUGCCAAGAACUUGGACCAAGACGGAUUGGUAGAACACUGCAUUACAAAACACACAGGCGAACUUGGAAAAAUGGUAUGUCCAAUUUGUUCCUCCAUGCCCUGGGGAGACCCCAACUACAAAAGUGCGGAUUUGAUACAACAUUUGAAAAUCCGUCAUAAAUUUUCAUACGAUACUUUUGUGGAUUAUAAUGUGAAUGAGGAUGAAAUGUUGCAAGAAGCCAUUGAACUUUCUCUGAAGGACAGAAGUAUACGAUUCUAAACCAAGAACCAUCUUAUCUGACAGACAGACAUCCUGUUGAUCUCCAUUCUGAGGUUAUCAUGACCUUAACGGCUUUGUGCAUAAAUCUAUACUGCAGAGUUUUGAUUCCUUUAGAAACAAUACUUGUGAUGAUGGUGACAGAUAGAGAGGGAAAGAAAAGAGUAAUUUUGUUACUUUACGUCUACCGUCAUCAUGAACUUCUCUGACGCUAUUGGGUUAUAUAAGGCAUAAUAAAAAUGCUAUUGAAUUUACAGUUUGUCCAAUAGGGUGUAUUUAGAAUAAAGUUUAUUAUAGCACUUUAAUCAUAAUGUUUAGAAACAGGUAAUAAUAAGUGCAUUUGAUAUGGUAAGUUUGCUUUUUGAUUUAAAAUGCAAUUACACUGCCGUGGUUUGAGUAUUCUGAUAUGAACUAUUUAAAGUUUUAUCAAAAAAAUUAAAGUUGGAUUUUUUUUGUUACAUUACUGCAUAAUAUCCAUGUGCAUUUUCUUUGGUUUUAUGGCCCAUAAAAUGUCAGUGUUUGUGAAUAUUUUAUUGUAGAAUGUCUUUUCAAAAAGCAAUUUAGCAUUACAUCUGAUGGAGGAAGAUGAUACAAUAUGUAACUAUAUUAAUUUUAAUGUUACAAAUUUAUGUGUAGUCUGUGUUGUAUAAAUCUCUUGUGGCUUAUCCAGUGUUUUGUUUAGAUUCUGACCAACUAGCCAGUGUGCCUACAGAAUCCAUCUGGAGUUUCCCAGGACAAGAGAAUACUGUGAUAUAACAUCUAGCAAUCAAUUCACAUGAUAUUCCAAAUAAAAUAAAACACAAAGCAUUUAAUUGAUUUUUUUUUAUACUACACCAUGUGUGAUCAGAGAGUUGCAAUGCAGUAUUGGGUUUAGAGAUUAAUAUAAAGCUGCUCUUAUGUUGUGUUUUACAUUGUUUGCGAUGCUCUACAUCUCACAAUAUGUCAGAACAAAGUUCUUACCGCCUAAUAUGUCAAAAUAACACAGUAAAAUCAGGCUACAGUGUAUGUAUAGUUUAAUCCGGGGAACUGGGUCGAAAUAUCUGCCAAGAUCUAAACUGGUGCAACAAGCUCAAUGGGCUGAAAGACCCCUUUCUCUUCCAUGUUCCUAUGUUGCUCCAAAAAUAACAAUCAAGUGUUCAAGUGUAAUCUAAUUGAUAACUUUUUACUUUGUUAAAAAGAACCCACACCGAGAUGUCUUGUCCUCAACAGAACAGAGUUUCUAUUAUGGGUUAAAAUAGUUAAAAUUGAAACAGUUUAUUUUUUCAGUCUGCCUGAAUUUUGCUGCUUGAGUGUAUUUAUUGUACAACCAGGUUACUAAAGUGAUUAUUUAUAAAGCAGCUCAUUUUGAAAUAUGAAACCACUAUUAAUUCAUCAUGAAUACUGACAGACUAGAGCACAUACUCUCAUGUUCAAUUAGGUUGUUUUUAGACAUUUAUUGUAACCUCAGCCCAAUACUGUGUAUUUUUAUGUCUCUUGCAGAUGGAAAUAUUGUAAUUAUCCUAAAAAUCAAUUAAAUAAAGUCAAAUGAAUAGCAA